AUGCUCUCCAUAGUUUAAUCUAUAAGAAAUCUCUUGAUAAUUGCAUUAAGUAUAUUUUAUGAAUGAUAAUUAGGGUUUGAAUUUGGUAGAUAAAUAAUCUUAUCUGGAUAAAAACUCUUGAUUAUCAAUGAACAAACCUUUUGUGCAUUGAUAAUUAAGAAAUUGUAAAAGAGUAAAAUAAUCUACCAUUUGAUAAAGCUAAGGAUUUAAUUGGCUGAGACAAUCCAUUACUUGUUAUCUGUUAAAUUCCCAAAUAAUCAGAGAAUCGCCGCCAUAAUCACAUUCCAAGAAGAUCUAUGCACAAUUUUAAUCCGGUAUGCAGAUUAAAGCUACUAAUUCUAUUUUAUUUAUAAGAACUUUAAAAAUGAAUUUUAAUUUCUUUGUAUUAUCGUAUCGACACCAGUAGAUAAUAAUCUCCAUUUACUUUAGAAUUAAGCAGUUCCUAAGCCUUUCUUUAUUUAUCAUCUCCGUAUUUUAUCAGGUACUUUUUUAAAUAUGAGAAGCAGUUAAGAUUGA